GAUCUUUGAAUCGAACACCCGCUUCUCCGAUUCGUUUCCAUUCAUUCCCGAAGGAAAAACAUUAAUUAUCGCCAGCCAAUUAUCGUAAUUAGAUUUAAUUAAGAUGGAUAGACUUUUACGGUUAGGAGGAGGCAUGACGGGUCUAAAUCAGGGACCACCACCUUCUGAUGCUCCCGUUGUUGACACCGCUGAACAGGUCUACAUUUCUUCUCUAGCAUUGUUAAAAAUGCUGAAGCAUGGAAGAGCUGGGGUUCCCAUGGAGGUCAUGGGACUGAUGCUGGGGGAAUUCGUCGACGAUUACACCGUCCGGGUGAUUGAUGUCUUCGCCAUGCCCCAGACAGGAACUGGGGUGAGUGUCGAAGCUGUGGAUCCAGUUUUCCAAGCGAAAAUGCUGGAUAUGCUGAAGCAAACUGGACGACCGGAAAUGGUCGUUGGAUGGUAUCACUCGCAUCCAGGGUUUGGUUGUUGGUUGUCUGGGGUUGAUAUCAAUACACAGCAGUCAUUCGAGGCCCUCAGUGAACGUGCAGUGGCUGUUGUCAUCGAUCCCAUUCAGUCGGUCAAGGGAAAAGUCGUCAUCGAUGCAUUUAGAUUAAUAAAUCCCAACAUGAUGGUUCUGGGACAGGAGCCGCGUCAGACGACCUCCAACCUGGGGCACCUACAGAAACCCUCGGUUCAGGCUCUCAUUCACGGUCUCAAUCGUCAUUAUUACAGCAUCAGCAUUAAUUAUCGUAAAAACGAACUUGAACAGAAGAUGUUGUUAAAUCUUCACAAAAAGACUUGGAUGGAUGGACUGACACUGGCUGAGUACUCAGAGCACAGUAGACUCAACGAGAACACUGUGGCUGAGAUGCUGGAGCUUGCCAAGAAUUAUAACAAGGCCCUCGAGGACGAGGAAAAAAUGACCCCUGAGCAGCUCGCAAUAAAGAACGUGGGAAAACAAGACCCAAAGCGUCACCUCGAAGAAAAAGUAGAUAUGCUCAUGUCCACAAAUAUCGUGCAGUGCCUGGGGGCAAUGCUCGACACUGUUGUCUUCAAAUAACCGAUUGUACAUGUAUGAAAUUCCCCCACAUUAUCCGAAAUACAAGUACUUUUUAAGCGAUGAAGUGACGAUAUUUUUGCUCGUCUUCAUAGCAUUUUUCCAUUCAAUUUCCCCCAUCAAUCAUGGAUUUCUUAAUAAAAUUGGUAAAUUCCUGCGAA